CGCUGCGUUUCCUCCUUUUUUCCAGCUGAGCUUUGGCAGCAAUAUCCAAGAAAUUUCAGCGUUUUGCACUUUUAAUUCCAUGUUAAUAAAGAUAAUGAUGUCAAAUCUGACAAAAAUCUACCGCGGAAUAAAGGUGAAAGAGAGAUGCCGUUACCGCUGUCGUCGUCUCGGGACAAUUGGGAGAGGUUGGUGGCGGCCGUGCUCAAGAGACAGCAGUAUUUGCAGCUCUGUAGCCAGUCCUCUAGGAGCCCUAGCAUCAGCACCAUCGAAUCUUCUCGAAUCUCUAGCUUCAGUGAAAGAAUUCUCAAUGACAUUCUGGAGCGUGUUUCUGUGGCUAACCCCCGAGUUGGCUAUAAUGGUGGUGGCAAUUCGAUAUCAUCUGGGCAGGACGAACGCUUCAAAAUUGAUGGAUCGAGUGAUUGUAAUCCUGUAACUCCAGUCCAAACCAAUUUUGGAGCAAAAGGAUCAGCCUCAAACACUCUUCAAUCUAAAAAUGUACCUAAUAGCACUUCCAAAUGUGCUUCUACUCGAGAUAAUUUUGAUGCUGCGUUAGAGGUUGUGUAUACAUGGGGUAAGGCUGUACACGACGGGGGUAUUAAGAUGAGGCCGGAGGAAGCUAAUGCACUCCUUCCUGUGCCAUUGCAAUGUGAUGUCGUUUUGGAUGCGCAUCAUAUAGCCUGCGGGGUCAGGCAUGCUGCGCUCUUGACCAAGCAAGGUCAAGUAUUUACAUGGGGUCAUGAAUCGAGUGGAGAUGCGUUUAACGCAGAAGUUACUCAGCUCCGGCUUCUAGAAUCUCUAUCUUCUGUCAGGGUAGGUUAUGUUGCUUGUGGUGAGUUCCACACUUGUGCUGUUACAGUGGAUGGUGAACUCUACAUGUGGGGUAACGGCACGCAUAGUGCUGGACUCGUGGCUCGUGACACUAAUCUCAGUCAAUGGAUGCCAAAGAGAGUCUUGGGCUCUCUGCAGGGACUUCAAGUUGCAGAGGUUACUUCCGGUCCCUGGCACACUGCUUUGAUAACUACAACAGGGCAGCUAUUCACCUCCGGUGAUGGAACAUUCGGUGUUUUAGGCCAUGGAAACCGGGAAGAUGUCGUUUAUCCGAGAAUGGUGGAGUCUCUAUCAGGGUUGAGGACAGUAGCAGUAGCAUGUGGAGUGUGGCAUACAGCAGCCGUAGUUGAGAUUCUUGAAAGACAGUCCAAUGAAACUGUUUCGCGUGGUGUAUUGUUCACGUGGGGUGAUAAUGAUCGAUACCAGCUCGGACACGGCGACAUGAAACCUCGACUGGUGCCUUCCUGUGUUUCUCGGGCUAUUGAUCACGAUCUUCACAGAAUUGCCUGCGGGCAAAUUUUGACAGUUGGUCUUACUACAGCUGGCCGUGUUCUCACAAUGGGGUCUCCAGUUUAUGGUCAGCUUGGGAAUCCUUGUUCCGAUGGGAAGCUACCUCGCUUUGUGGAUGGUAAGCUUUGUGGAGAAUUUGUUAACGAAAUUUCUUGUGGCCGGUUUCACGUGGCUGUGCUGACAUCGAAGAAUGAGGUCUAUACAUGGGGCAAGGGAUGGAAUGGGAGUUUGGGCCACGGAGACACCGAUGACAGGAAUGCACCGACUCUGGUUGAAGCGUUGAAGGAUAAAAGAGUGAAGUCUAUUGCUUGUGGUCCAAAUUACUGUGUAGCUGUUUGUCUUCAUAGAAUGGUUAAUGGUGCUGAGCAGUCCCAUUGCUCAGCUUGCAGGCUGGCUUUCGGCUUCACGAGAAAGCGGCAUAACUGCUACAACUGUGGAGCUGUGCACUGCCAUGGUUGCAGUUCAAGAAGAGCAAUAGGGGCAGCACUUGCACCGGAUCCUAGCAAAUCGUGUCGUGUUUGUGAUUCGUGUUUUGCUAAACUAAACAAGGAUACGUUGAGCUCGAAUAGAUGGUUCGACUCUGCUGCUACUGAGCAGAAGCUUAUGCCCAGAAAACACAGCCUUCUAAUGUCUGCAACACCGAUGCUGUCUUCGACGAAAAGCAUCUUGGAUGGAUUGAGGAAGACGAACGAGCUUCUGAGCCAGGAAGUUCUUGACUUGCGCAAGCAGGUAGAGAGCCUUCAAAAUAAAGGCCACUUGCAAGAAUCAGAGCUCGAGAAAUCAGCAAGUGAAGUUCAAGAAGCAAUGAUUUAAAGGUGUAUCUUGAUCAACUUUUUUGUAGAACCAUUUCUUUUUGUGCAGGUUUUUCAAAUUAAUGCAUCAUACAAAUGCAUGAGUGGCCAAGUUGUGACUGUCAAGAAAGAUUUUAUAUACUCAAUUUUUUUUGAAAUAAAUUUGUAUAGUUUCUCA